GAGAAGCCGAAUAGAUCCAGAGGCGGAGAAGCUUUUUCCGAUCCAAGUCUCGAAGAGAUCUCUUUCUGUCUGUGAAGGUAAUAGCUUUGUGAAUCGGUGAUUCGAUGGGGGAUUAUCACUUCGUGUACAAGGACGUGGAAGGAGCGUCGACGCAGUGGGAUGAUAUCCAGAGGAAGCUGGGAAAUCUCCCGCCGAAGCCUCCGGCGUUCAAGCCGCCUGCUUUUACGCCGGCGGAGGACGAGGCUUCAGCCCCUAAGGAUAAGUCUUGGAUCCAGGAUAAGACGGAAGAAGAGCUCGAGGAGCUUGAGGACAGCAAGGAUCUCGACGAUGAUCGCUUCCUCGAAGAAUACAGAAAGAAGAGAUUGGCGGAGCUAAGAGAAGCUGCUAAAGUCAGGAGAUAUGGAUCAGUGAUUCCCAUUUCGGGAUCUGAUUUUGUAAGGGAGGUUAGUCAAGCUUCUUCUGAAGAUUGGGUUGUUGUCUGCCUCUACAAAGAAGGUUUCGCAGAGUGUGGCUUAAUGUUGGGCUGCAUAGAUGAAUUGUCAAGCAGAUACCCAGCAACAAAGUUCGUCAAGAUAAUUUCUACCGACUGCAUCCCCAACUACCCAGACCGGAAUCUUCCUACCCUGUUGGUGUAUCACCAUGGCGCUGUUAAAGCAACCCAUGUAGGUCUCAAGAGCUUUGGCCGCAGAUGCACCCCUGAAAGUAUAGCUUUAGUUCUCUGUCAAUCAGAGCCAGUGCUUAACGAUGGUAAAAUAGGAGACGACGACUCAUCGAGAGAAGCUGUCAUGGCGGGAGUGCGAAGACAGUUCAUAGAACGAGUUGUCAAAGAUCACGAGGAUAAGUCUGAUGACGAUGAAAGCGAUUAGGACACCCGGGUUUUCUGAUGAUUUCUUUCUUUCUAUAUAUAUAUAUAUAUUUAAAGGAAAAGCUGUGUUUUUUUUAUAUCAGUUAUGGAAUGCAACAUUUUCAGACCAGUGUUUAAGGUGAAGAAGAGGGUGACUUCAUGAGUGAUGUAGUGUUGUUUUAGCUAAAGCCCAGCUUGGAGGCAUCUCCUGUUUGCUACACAUCUUCUGCUGAGUUUCUGAAUUUUUGUUUUUUU